UACUGAUCUUUACUGGAAUGUUCUGAUGCCGUUCAGUGUUAGUGUGUUUAAUGACAUGGAAGAUUGACUGCUUGCAUUUCUUGUUUAGAAAACAGACUUCUCUGACCCAUCGGAGAGGAAGCAGCAGGACAACCUGGGAGGAAGUGACAUCACGACACUUCCUUUAUCUUUCCCUCGCUCUUCGUAUGUUUCUUUCUGUUUCAUUCAGUCAGUAUGAGGCUGAAGCAAGAUGUGAGUCCAGUAGUGGUUAUCAUAUUCAGGCUGGUGGUUUGGCUCUACUCUCUCAUCUCUUACCUGCUGUACCUGCUGCUGAGAUCGUCCGACUCGCAGUCGUUCUCCGAGUGCUCGCGGAGGGUGAAGGCCCGUUCCAUCAGCGGACACCCUUCGGGACCCUACCGGGACGUCGGAGCGCUGGGGGCGCUGGCCACAUGCCUACAGCCGGGGGUGAGCACACUCGAUCGGGUGUUUGAAUCGUCUGUGUGCCGCAAUCCUCACCUCAACUGCCUGGGAACCAGAGAACUGCUGAGUGAGGAAGACGAAACUCAAGAGGAUGGAAGAGUCUUCAAGAAGGUGAUUUUGGGAGAGUAUCGCUGGAUGUCGUAUGAUCAGGUGUAUAAAGAAAUGAGAGCUUUCGGCAGCGGUUUGGCUGCUCUAGGACAGAAACCUCUGAAAAACAUUGCCAUCUUCUGCGAGACAAGAGCGGAGUGGAUCAUAGUGGCGCAGGCCUGUUUCAUGUACAACUUCCCAUUGGUCACUCUUUACUCUACUCUGGGUGGUCCUGCUAUUGCUCAUGGACUCAAUGAAGCUGAAGUUUCUCACAUCAUCACCAGCAAAGAACUUCUGGAAACCAAACUCAAGAAUAUUUUGCUAGAGGUGCCGAGAUUGCGGCACAUCAUCGUUGUGGACGAUAAACUCAAGAGCGGCUCUGAAUACCCACGAGGCAUCAGUGUCCACAGCAUGGCGGCUGUGAAGAGGCUGGGGGCCCAUCCUGAGAAUGUGUCGAGGCAGAGACGGCCUCCGUGUGCGUCUGAUGUGGCUGUGAUCAUGUACACCAGCGGCUCCACCGGCAUGCCAAAAGGAGUCAUGAUCUCUCACAGUAAUAUUAUUUCUGGAAUCACCGGCAUGGCUGAGAGAAUUCCCAACCUCGGUGAGGAUGACACAUACAUUGGCUACCUUCCACUGGCUCACGUGUUGGAGUUGAGCGCUGAGAUGGUGUGUUUGGCUAACGGCUGCAGAAUCGGCUACUCUUCACUACAAACACUCGCAGACCAGUCCACCAAGAUAAAGAAGGGAAGCAAAGGAGACACUAGCGUCCUGCGGCCCACUUUAAUGGCAGCAGUACCAGUAAGACUGAAUCUCUCUCUCUCUCUCUGGGAUUUUGAGAGUUUAGUCCGUUUCCCAUUUCUUUUUUUUGUUUGUCAUAAUGCAUUCUGUGUGUAUCCAGGUGGAUAUCGCAGCACAGACCGGCCCUGUCCACGAGGGGAGAUUCUGGUCGGUGGGCCCAACGUAACAAUGGGUUACUACAAGAACAAAGAGAAGAACACUGAGGAUUUCUUCGUGGAUAAGAAAGGCCAGCGGUGGUUCUGCACCGGCGACAUCGGAGAGUUUCAUGGAGACGGCUGUCUGAAGAUUAUCGACCGCAAGAAAGAUCUGGUGAAGCUUCAAGCGGGAGAAUACGUGUCUCUGGGCAAAGUGGAGGCCGUCUUGAAAAACUGCGCACUUGUCGACAACAUCUGUGCCUAUGCCAACAGUGAAGAGUCUUACGUGAUUGGCUUUGUGGUGCCCAAUCAGAAGCAGCUGCUGGCGCUGGCUGAGAGGAAGUGUGUCAGAGGUUUGUGGGAGGAGCUUUGUAACAACCCCAUCAUCGAGGAGGAAGUGCUUAAAGUCAUCACAGAAACGGCACUUACAGCCCAGUUAGAAAGAUUCGAGAUCCCACGGAAGAUCUGCCUGAGCGUUGAGCCCUGGACCCCAGAGACUGGCCUGGUUACAGACGCUUUUAAACUCAAACGAAAGGAGCUCAAAACUCACUACCAGAACGACAUUGAGAGGAUGUACGGUGCCAAACAGAGCCAAACCACUACUCAUUCCAGACAAAACCACAGGACAGGCAAGAAAAAGUAACUUAUCUCACCAUAGCAACCUCCAAUCAAGAUUUCCAAUGGACAUUACAGACGUGAACAUAAUCGUUUGGAAAUGUUUUCAUACAGUGUGAUGACCAACACUCACAACCAGCAAUACUUAAAGGUGCCAAAACUGAUGUUAGCCUUGCUAACUUCUUCCAGACUUAGCUGCUAAAUUAGGGAUCCCUCCAUCCCUUCCCUCCCCAAAACCUCGCCAUGUCAGCAAAUCAGAAGUGAAAUAACUGACAAGCAAAAAGGUUCAGUGCUGUAAAUGGAUAGUUACAUGCACCCAAAUAAUCCAAUAAUAAUGGCUCAAUCAGACUGAAAAGCCUUCGUGUAAACACCUCGAUUGAGCCAGCAGAGCUUGAUCCAAAUGACAUUUCAAUCUGAUUGAAACCUGAAAAAAUCUGUCCAAUAGUUAAGAUGCAGAGAAGUGUUUUACGUCAUACAAACGUGUGUGUUUAUUUUCAUCUCACGUUUAAUGAACUGGUCAGUGGAGGAGAAUGAAUAAGUACAAAAUAUUUGCAAAAAAAAAAGUUUAGAUAUGUCAUCAAGGCAAAAACUGCAAUUAUGCUCGCAGUAGCUCAGGAGAAAACGUUGGAUUGGAUUUCAAACCAAUUGACGAAAAUGAAUGCAUGUAAACAUACCCAAUAUGUGAUUUCUCAGGACAUUGUAUGCAUGUUAUUACCCAAAAAAGCUUUGUCAUGGCUUGAAAUACUUCCCAUGAUGCUUUGGAUCUCCAAAAUGUUGCUGGACAAACCAAAUCAAAGAUUCCCAGAUUCCAGAAGCCAGUUUCACAGUUUCACAGUCUCGCUCUGUGUCACUCUGAACUGUCACAGUUCUUGUUCUGCCCCAUACACAAACAAUGCUUCGUGGGAUAUGUUUUUCUAAGCUCACGUUCUCAUUGAAACUUUUAGUUUCAAACAAAUACAACUUGUAAUGAAACUCUUCCAACAUCAGUUUACAUCAGCCAAUUUCUGUCCAAACACAUCAGGAAUCUUAAAGCCAUUAUUUUGCUUUUUUUUUUCAAUCUUUCCAUAACCUUCUUCAUUUAAUACUGUCAGGAGACCAAUGAAAAAAA